AUGCAAAUCGAUGCUUCUGCUCUGCAACCGAAACCAUUAUUUCAACCCGACCUUCCACAUUUAACAUCAAGUAAGAGCGCAGAAAACUCGACUUUGUUUCCAGCCACUAUCUCUUCGUCUCCACGAGCUUCACCAAAUCACUUUAGUAACCAGCUUCCCUUCAAUGAUGUCAGUAAAUCGUCAAAAUCAUCACCAUCUAAGUCUAAUGUUUCUGAAACUCUUAAAAAACGUUUAAAACGCAUUUCCUCGUUGCCAAGAAAAAUGAAUAGGCGUAAACGAUCAGCUGGGAAACGUCAGCGACGUCCCUGUACAUCCCUUAGAAAGUCUACUACUGAGAUCCUCUUGCAUAACUCGGACAAUUUUUACACUGAAGGAAAUAAUUCUGUUCCCAGUAUAGAUGAUAUUUCUAAUCACUUUGUUACAACAGUAAAUAACGAAACUCAACACCAUUAUUCUGACUCGGAGAAGCCCUCUGUGGAUGAGUGUAAUAAAUCCGAAAAGAUUCUUUCUAGCCCUGUUUGCUUAAAACUUGAAAGUACAAAUGCACCUUCAGAUUUUAGUGUAAUAGGACAUUCCACUUCUCCCACAAUUAUUAUGAAUAAUUCAUCGGUAAUUUCUAAUGCAGGAGCUGUGGUUGUUGAUAAUGCAGAUAAAGAUAAUGGCAAUUACAUACCCUCUGCUUCUCCUAGUGUGCAGUUAACCAGUGUUAACUGUGAACAGUCAAUAAGCGUUCCUGCUGGUAUUGAAGAUAAUUUAUCCUGCUCCGAAGUUGUUUCUUCUGUUGAUGAAGGUGGAACAGAUCCAAUUUGUAGGUUUGUGGGUAUUCAUUCCGAAAAUACAGCAAGUAAAAAUUCACUCCAAUCUGAUGUGCUUCAAGAUAAAAAUGUUGGUUCUUUAUUUCCUGAUUCACCUUCUGAGAAUAUCAUGACUGACAAUGGCAAACUACUUCACAUCCCCCAAUCAGAUUACGUCUUAACCUCAAGCUAG